CAGCUCAGUUGGAAAUUCAGUCUUCAUCCAGACAUCGAGUGAAUCACAAGUGCUUAGUUUGUAGAGUUGGUAAAAGUGGCAAAUUUUCAUAUCUUAAGCGCUGUGGCGGAACAGCCAUGGUGAAUGCAAAAAUGAAAAUAUUUUUGCCGCUAGUCACGUGGAUUGUGCUGUUCUCGAGUACGGCACAUUCACAAUCCCACAGAAAUGUGGGUUUCGGUUUAAAUCGUGAGGUGUUUUUUCUCAACCUCGAGGAUGGCUACUUUGGCUGCCAAGUGAACGAAUCCACAGAUUACUUGCAACUAUAUGAGCUGUCCAAGCUGUGCGACGGCACAUCAGACUGCUAUCUGGGAUCGGAUGAAUUGGGUGAUAAGCUGAAAUGUUCUCAUGAUUGCGACAAAGAUGGCACAGUGUGCUCCAAUGGAGCUUGCUUGGACUCUCAAUGUCACUGUAAUGAUGGUUUUGGCGGAUGUAAUUGCCAAGUGCCAGAUGAAAAUGAGUGCAAAUAUCGACCUUGCGAUGUGUUUGCCCACUGUACAAAUACGCUGGGCAGCUUCACGUGCACAUGCUUUCCCGGGUACCGUGGCAAUGGUCUUCACUGCGAAGACAUUGACGAGUGCGAAGAUCCAGCAAUUGCAGCUCGAUGUGUCGAGAAUGCCGAAUGUUGCAAUUUACCAGCACAUUUUGUGUGCAAAUGCUUACCCGGAUUUGAAGGCGAUGGCGAGGAACUCUGUCUGGAUAUCAAUGAAUGCGAGAGACCGGGAUCGUGCGGCAUUAAUACGCAUUGCAUAAAUCAGCCGGGCAACUACACAUGUCUGUGUCAGGAUGGCUUCGAAGGAAAUCCAUACGACGGGUGUGUGGAUAUCAACGAAUGCCUCAUUCCUGACGUCUGUGGCCCAGGGGCGAUCUGUACAAAUCUCGAGGGUGGUUAUCGCUGCGACUGCCCUCCAGGUUUCGAUGGUGAUGCCCGAGGAACUGGCUGUGCCGAUGCCGAUGAGUGCAGUCGGUCACCGUGUGGUCGCAAUGCUCAUUGCACAAAUGUCGUGGGCAGUUUUCGGUGUCAGUGUCCAGAGGGAUAUAUCGGGGAUCCCAUGGUUGACUGCCAAGACAUCGACGAAUGCUCUAACAAUCCCUGCGCUGAGGGAGCCCAAUGUACUAAUAUUCCUGGUGGAUUUAAGUGUGAUUGCCCACCUGGAUAUACAGAUGCGGGAGCCAAUGGCGAAUGUGUGGAUAUUAACGAGUGUGGCCGGGCAAAUCCAUGUGGGGUCAAUGCUAAGUGUAUUAACCUCCCAGGAUCUCACAAAUGUCUCUGUCCGUCGGGAUUUUCCGGACAGGGGGACAUUUUCUGUGACAAUGUAAAUGAAUGUCGGGAUAAUCCAUGUGGAGCAAAUGCCAUAUGCACGGAUACCAUUGGGAGUUUUGUGUGCUCAUGCAAGCCAGAGUACACGGGAGAUCCAUUCAGAGGUUGUGUGGAUGUGGACGAGUGCACGGCGCUGGACAGACCGUGUGGGGAUCAUGCGAUAUGUGAGAACACCAAUCCGGGAUACAAUUGUCUGUGUCCGCAGGGGUAUCGCGCGAAGCCGGACGCUAAGAUUGCGUGCGAACAGUUUGAUGUGAAUAUUCUGUGUGCGAGCAAUUUUGACUGCACAAACAAUGCUGAGUGUAUUGAGGGUCAGUGUUUCUGUCAGGAUGGGUUUGAGCCACAGGGCUCCGUGUGCGCGGACGUGGACGAGUGUCGGACAAAUGAAAACAUUUGUGGGGCGUUCGCGCAGUGUAUCAACACGCCUGGAUCCUACAAGUGCCUCUGUCAGGCGGGCUAUGUGGGCGCGCCGCCGAGGAUCGCGUGCAAGGCACCCUGCGAGGAUGUCAAGUGUGGGCCCCACGCCUAUUGCAAGCCAGACGGUGUGGAGGCGUUCUGCGUCUGCGACGAGGGAUGGACCUACAAUCCGCGCGAUAUCGCCGCGGGUUGUGUGGACAUUGACGAAUGCGACACGGUGCAUGGGCCGACGGGAAAGUGCGGGGCUGAGUCCGUCUGCACCAACACUCCGGGUGGGUUCUCGUGCCUGUGCCCACCUGGAUUCAGUGGCGAUCCCCACAGACAGUGCUUCGACGUGGAUGAGUGCUCUCGACCGGGAGCGUGUGGCAUUGGGGCGCUCUGUCGUAAUCUGGCGGGAACAUAUGAAUGUUCUUGCCCUGAAGGGAGUCUCGCCGAUCCUGAUCCACGUGUCAGAUGUAUUGCCAUUGUCACGUGCAAAGUGGACAACGAUUGCCCCGGGAAUGCCAUUUGCGAUGAGCACAAGAGAUGCCUCUGCCCAGAACCCAACAUUGGCAAUGAUUGUAGACACCCGUGCGAAGCUGUUGUGUGUGGCCCAAAUGCAAAUUGCAUGAUCGUCAAUCAAGUGGCGCAGUGUCUAUGCGCUGAAGGAUAUACAGGAGCAGGAAAUCAACUGGGAGGAUGCGCUGAUAUUGAUGAAUGUGCAGGAAAUCCUUGUCCCAGUGGAGCGGUUUGCACUAACACCCCUGGAGGAUAUUCUUGUCAGUGCCCAGGAGGCAGUUCUGGUGAUCCCUAUCGUGAUGGAUGCACUAAGAACAAUCUCAUCGCCAUCACAUGCUCAGAUAGUCAACCAUGUCCUACUGGAGAACUGUGCGUCUUGGAUUCCUAUAGUGGGCACUCGGUGUGCAUCUGCCGGCAAGGAUAUGCUCGCGAUGCUGAGAGUGGGAAGUGUCGCGAUAUUAAUGAGUGUACGGAGAAUCGGGGGAGGGCUUGUGGACUCAAUGCUCUGUGCAAAAAUCUCCCAGGCAGUUAUGAGUGUCAGUGUCCGCCCGGCUUCAAUGGAAAUCCGUACUCACUGUGUGAAGAAUGCAACAGCUUAGAAUGUCAGUGUCAGGCUCCAUAUAAGCUCGUGGGUGGAAAUUGCAUCCUGGCGGGAUGCCAAGAGGGCGGAAAGUGUCCACCUGGAGCUGAAUGCAUCUCAAUUGCGGGUGGAGUGAGUUACUGCGCUUGCCCAAAGGGAUACCGCACUCAAUCUGAUGGAUCAUGCGUCGAUGUGGACGAGUGCAAUGAAGGGAAGCAAGUUUGUGGCUACGGAGCUGAAUGCAGAAAUCUUGCGGGAUCCUAUGAGUGCUUCUGUCCUCAGGGAUACGGCGGUGAUGCUUAUCACGGACUCUGUGCUCCUGCUCAGAGAAGAUGUGCUUCGGAUAGAGAGUGUGGCGUCAACGAGAAGUGUGUUCAGCCUGGAGAAUGCAUAUGUCCACCUCCUUUCUUUAUGGACGCCACUGAUGGGAACAAGUGCAAGAAUCCUUGUGAACGUUUCCCUUGCGGAAUAAAUGCCAAAUGUACUCCAAGCGAUCCUCCGCAAUGUAUGUGUGAGGUUGGCCACAAAGGAGAUCCUCUGCAAGGAUGUGUAGAUGAGGAUGAGUGUGCCCACGCUCCGUGUGCUUAUGGAGCCCAUUGCAUCAAUGAGAAGGGUGGCUACAAAUGCGUCUGUCCCAAAGGCUUCCGCGGUGAUCCUUAUAAGGGAGAGUGCAUCCUAGAGCCUGGUUCUGUAAAGUCCGAAUGCCACUCCAAUGAUGAUUGUGCUGUGAAUUUGGCCUGUCUUGGAGGAACAUGCGUUAGCCCUUGUUCCAACUUCCGUUGCGGUCCAAAUGCACUUUGCGCUCCAGAGAAGCACGUCGCCUGGUGUCGAUGCCGAGUGGGAUUCGUUGAAGGACCAGAUGGAAAUUGUGUGUCUCAGUGCAAUGACUACUUCUGUGGCCAAGGAGCUGUCUGUAUCGUCACAAAUAGUGGACCAACUUGCAAAUGUCCUCCUGGGCAGUAUGGAAAUCCUUUCCCUGGUGGAAUUUGUGUGACUGAUCAAUGUUCAGCAAAGCUACCGUGCCAGAAUCCUCAAGUGUGCAUUAAUGGGAGAUGUAAGCAUCGAUGCGACAGUGUCAUUUGCGGAGUUGGAGCAACUUGUGAUGCAAUCUCUGGAAAAUGUGUCUGUGAACCAUCAUUUGUCGGCAAUCCUGAACUACUCUGUAUGCCGCCCUUCCAGACUCCGGUUUGUGACCCAAGCUGUGGGCUUAAUGCGCAUUGCGAAUAUGGAAUUAUUACGAAUCAGUGUGUUUGCAAUGCAGGGACCACAGGGAACCCUUAUGAGGGCUGUGGUCCACAGAAGAAGACAAAGUGCACACCAAGUUCCUGUGGACGAGGCGCUGAAUGUCGUGAGAGUGGUCAGAAUGCGAUUGAAUGCCUCUGUCCAGGAGGAUAUAUUGGAAAUCCCUAUGUGGAGUGCUUCGACGUGGAUGAGUGCUCAAGUCAUGCUUGCGGGAAGGGAGCUAUCUGUAUCAACACUCCCGGAAGUUACGAUUGUAGGUGCAAGCCAGGAUAUGCAGGAAAUCCAUACUCUCUUUGCACUCGGACUCACAAUGAGUUCUGCGAUGAUCCCAGUCGAUGUCAGUGUGGAGCACAGCUUCAGUGCCCGCCCGGAUUCGCCUGUGAAGCAGGAAGGUGCAGAGAUCUCUGCGAUAGAGUAUUGUGUGGUCCGCGAGCGGCCUGUGACUCCGGGAAGUGUAUUUGCCCUCCAGGAUACACGGGAAAUCCAAAGGACAAAAUCAAUGGCUGCACAGUAUUUGGCCAGUGUGCGAAUGAUGCAGAAUGCAAGAACCCAGAGAUUUGCUUCCAAUUCGGGAGAGGACUCAGGAAGUGCGUGGAUGCGUGCAGUAAAGUUCAAUGUGGACCCAAUGCUCUGUGUCUAUCUAAAGAUCACAGAUCAGCUUGUAUCUGUGCUGAAGGAUAUCAUGGACAACCGAGUGAUUUGGUUCUUGGGUGUCAGCCAGAGGAGAGAGAUGCUCAUCAUGGAGCCUGUGACACCAAUGAGAAUUGCGAAAAUGGCUUUAUCUGUACCAUUGAUAGGAAGUGCGUUCAUCCGUGCUCAACAGUUGCUUGUGGAACACAUGAAGUGUGCCAAUUGGAUAACUUUGGCCAUCCUGUUUGUCACUGCAUUCCCGGAUUUGUCUGGAAUCCAGUGUCUUCACGUUGUGAGCAACCGUCUAUUCCAGACUGCACAUCAGAUCGCGAUUGUCAUCAAGUGGCAGCUUGUCGUCAGGAUGUUCUUGGAGUUCUGAAAUGUGUAUCAGUGUGUGCAGAGUUCACCUGUCCAGCGAAUUCAGUAUGUGUGGCCACAAAUCACGCUGGAAGUUGUCAGUGCCUUCCUGGAUUCUCUGGAAAUCCAAAUGACCGCAAUGGAUGCCAACCAGAGCUGCGAAGUCAAUGCUCCACUAGUGCAGAGUGUGCAGAAUCCGAAGCCUGCGUCCGUCAGGAAGGUGUAAUGAAAUGCCGACCAGCUUGCGAAGGAAGACAGUGUGGUCCUCAUGCUGUUUGCAUUUCUAACAAUCACAAUGCACAGUGUCAGUGCCCUCCUGGGCCAUUUGCUGGUGAUCCUUAUGAUAUGUCUAAUGGAUGUCGCCAAGUGCCUUGCGUGUACAACAAUGACUGCCCUCCCACACAGAUGUGCAAUAGACUGACUCAUAAAUGCCAUGAUGUGUGCGAAGAGGACUCUUGUGGAACAGACGCCGUUUGUAUAGCUGAAGAUCAUCGAGCUGUUUGUCAGUGUCCUCGUGGAUUCCGUCCAAAUCCAAUUCCGAGUGUCGAGUGUGUGCCCGUGGAUGGAUGCUCCCCAAAUCCAUGUCAUCCGUCUGCCGCGUGCUCAGUAACUUCUCUUGGUCACACUUGCAAGUGUCCACCGAAUCACGUGGGGGAUCCAUUUACAACUGGAUGCCGUCCAGAAGGUGCCUGUCCAGCGGGCGAUCGUGAUUGUCCUCCUCACGCCGCUUGUGUUGGAGGACGUUGCAUUGAUCCUUGUGAAUCAGCCUGUGGGCCAAAUGCACUAUGUGUGGUGAUUAAUAGGAAAGCCCAGUGUGACUGCCCUCAACGCUUUGAGGCUGCUCUGACAGGUGCUCGAGAUGGAUGCUUCCGCCAAGUCAGGAUUUGCAAAACUGAUCUUGACUGUGGGGGAGAAGUGUGCCAGCAAGGACAGUGCAAAGUUGCAUGUAGGAAUGCGAAUGAUUGUUCAAUUGGGGAAAAAUGUAUCCAGAAUACGUGUCUUCUGCCCUGCUCUAGUCACAGUCAAUGUCCAAAGGGUCAGGCGUGUUCGGCAGGAGCUUGUCUCCUUGGAUGUCGCAGCAAUAAGGAUUGUCCCACAAGUGCAGCUUGUAUCGAUAGUAAAUGCCAAGACCCAUGCGCCACAGAAGGAGUUUGUGGACCAAAUGCUCUCUGCAAGUGUGCCAAUCACGUCACUUCCUGCACUUGUCCUCCAGGAUUUGAAGGAAAUCCCAUACCUGAACAGGGAUGUGUUCGAGUUCCGGCCACCUGCGUUGCUACAGUUCAAUGCCCAAUUGGACAUAUGUGUAUAGCCAACCAAUGCAACUUACCGUGCAGGGAAACCCUUUCCUGUGCCAUUGGAGAAAGAUGUUACAACAAUGUGUGUGCUAAGGUCUGCUAUACGAACAACAAUUGCCUCCCCGGAGAAAUCUGCAACAAUGAUGGAGUAUGUCAAAGCGGAUGUGGCUCAGAUGCAGACUGCCCUACGAGUCAAGUGUGCCUCACUGGAAAAUGCAGAUGUGGAGUGGGCUUCAUUGGAACGCCUUUCGGAUGUUCAGACAUUGAUGAGUGCACAGAGAGACCUUGUCAUCCUUCCGCACGAUGUGAAAAUACUCCUGGAUCCUAUCGAUGCACUUGUCCUCCCGGAACAGUUGGCGAUGCUACGAGAGAACCAGGAUGUGUCCAGCCUAAUGAAUGCUUCAGGAGUGAAGACUGCGAUGCUAGACUUUCUUGCAUCCGUGGAAAGUGUACAAAUCCAUGCGCAAGUACACAGUGUGGUCCAAAUGCUUUCUGCGAUACUCAGAAUCAUCGCGCCACCUGUCUUUGUCCUAGUGGUCAUCUUGGGGAUCCCCGAGACUUGUCCGUGGGCUGCUUCAAAGUCGAAUGCCUGGUGAGUGAGGACUGUACUCUAGAUCGUCAUUGUCACGAGGAAACAAACAAAUGCAUCAAUCCUUGUGACUUUGUCAACUGCGGAAGAGGAUCGUGCUCAGUGGUCAACCAUGAACCUGUCUGUGCCUGCUCUCAAGGAUAUUCACUCCAGGGAGGAAGAUGUGAGGAUAUUGAUGAGUGUGCUACGAAUCCUUGCCAACCAACAGCCAUUUGUACCAAUACGCCUGGAGCUUUCGUUUGUUCCUGUGCUGAAGGACUUGUUGGUGACCCGAUCCAAACAGGAUGCAGAAGUCCUGGAGAAUGCUAUACAGAUGCUGAUUGUCCACCAACAGCCCUCUGUGAGAAAUCAAAGUGUCGCAAUCCGUGUGAAAAUCCUCACGCUUGUGGCCGGAAUGCUGAGUGUGUGGCUGUGGCUCAUGCUGCCGUCUGUCGGUGUCCAGGAAAUACAAGAGGAAAUCCCACUCACGAAUGUAUUAGAAUUGAAUGCUCGGACAACGAUGAUUGUCAUCUUUCUCAAACCUGUGUGGACUCUAAAUGUGUCAAUCCCUGCACUUUGGCCAACGUCUGUGGUCAGAAUGCUGAGUGUGUUCCGGAGAAUCAUCAAGGAGUUUGCUCUUGUCAUCCAGGAAUGACUGGAAAUCCUCUUCUCGGAUGUGUUCCUGUGCAAUACUGCAGUAUUGAUCAGCAAUGUCCUGCUGGAACAGUUUGCAAUGCUGGAGUAUGUUGUUCCCUGUGCUCCAGCACCAGGGAUUGCUACGGAGAUCAACUCUGUAUCCAAGGAGUUUGUCAGCCAACGUGUAGAAGUAAUACCAGCUGUCCAGACUUCCAAUAUUGUUUCAACAACAUCUGUACUCAGGACUUUGUCUGUCGCUCAGAUGAGGACUGCGAUAUUGAUGAAAAUUGUGUCACAGACUCUUCAGGAAGAUCUCAGUGCCAAAAUGCCUGCAGUGGAAGAGUGCUUUGCGGAAGGAAUGCUGAGUGCACAGCUCGGCAACAUGAAGCUGUGUGCUCCUGCAAAGCUGGAUUCUUUGGUGAUGCUCGAGGCGGAUGCCGAAAAGUUCAAUGCCAACAGGACUCAGAUUGUUCAACGGAUAAAACUUGUGAUAAUCACAUGUGCAAGAUCGCCUGCCUUCUCGAAAAACAUUGCGGUGCUAAUGCCUUGUGCUCAGCUGAAAAUCACAAACAAGUUUGUCACUGUCAGCCAGGAUUCACAGGAGAUCCUAAAGUCCGAUGUGAUGUAAUUGACUACUGCCGAGACGGACCUUGCGGUCCAGGAGCGAGAUGUCGCAAUAGCCGUGGAUCUUUCAAAUGUUCGUGUCCUCAAGGAUCCGUUGGGGAUCCCUACCAUGAUGGCUGUCGAGCAGCUGUUGAGUGCGAAAGGAACGAAGAUUGUCCUCCGUUUGCAGAAUGCCAGAAGCAGAAUGGAGUGCCCAAGUGUAAGGAUGUUUGCGAAAAUAUUCUCUGUGGGCCAAAUUCAGAGUGUCAACCUCAGGGUCAUGUGGCCCAUUGCCAGUGCAGAUCAGGAUAUCAAGGUGACCCGAAUGACAUUUCCAUCGGUUGCCGACCUCUUCCUGUUCCGUGCCACUCAACUGGAGAUUGUCCUAUCAACACCUACUGCUAUGCUGAUAUUUGCAAGCCAGUCUGUGUUCUGAACACUGAAUGUGCUUUGGAUGAGAUUUGCUUCAAUGGACAGUGUCUCAAUCCUUGUGAGCAAGAUCAAGCGUGCGGAAUGAAUGCCGAUUGUGUGAUCAACAAUCAUGUCAAACAAUGCGGUUGUCCACCAGGAUUUACUGGAAGUCCUGAUAAUGAAUGUGUCAGAAUUCCUGUGGCUUGUGUCUCAUCUCGUGAUUGCCUUGAAGGACACACUUGCCGUGACACGAUGUGCUUGCCCGCAUGCAGUGCAGACUACGAUUGUGCGUUGAAUGAGAAGUGCAUAAAUCGCAAUUGCAUGUUGACUUGCCGAGUCGACAAUGAUUGUUUCUUGGGACAUAUUUGUCUACACAACAAGUGCGUCUUUGGCUGCCAUUCUGAUGAAGACUGUAGUGCCAGUGAGACUUGCAGAAAUAACUUGUGCAGCAAUCCUUGUCAUGAUAAUCCUUGUGGACCAAACGCUGUGUGCACAGUUUCCAACCACAGAGCCUCUUGCUCUUGCAUCCAAGGCAUGGUUCCAAGUCCCACAGCUAAAGUGGGAUGCAUCAGAGCGCCUGCUCUGCCGUGUGUGGAAAAUCGUGAGUGUCCUGGAGGAUUCGCUUGUUUCGAGGAGAUGUGUCGACCAGUUUGUGCUAAUGAUGGAGGGUGCCUGAAUAACGAAAGAUGUGAGAAUGGAGCUUGUAAACCUCUCUGCCGAAGAGAUGACGACUGUCGACAUGGAGAAGUUUGCCAGAGCCUCAUUUGCACUGUGGGAUGUCGCUCCAACGCUGGAUGCUCUGAUUCUUUAGCCUGCGUGAAUCACCAAUGCCGAGAUCCUUGUCUCGAGGCCACAGCAUGCGGCACCAAUGCAGAGUGUCAAGUAUCUGGUCAUCAGAAAUUGUGUACUUGUCCACCACCUCUCGUUGGAGAUCCCAAUCUCGGCUGUCGAUAUGAACACGUCUCAUGUGGAAACCAUCGUGACUGCCCUCCUGGACACUCUUGCUAUGGAAAUGUGUGCCAGAUCACAUGCAGAAACGAUCAGAACUGCUUAGCAGAUGAACGCUGUGUUCGAGGAACGUGUCGAAGUGUUUGCAAUAGCGAUGCUUCUUGUGGCAGUGGACUCAUUUGUGAGAACCGAAUGUGCCAAGUGGGCUGCAGAAAUGAUCUCACAUGUCCCUCUAAUCAGGCCUGUAUCAAUCGCCAGUGUGCUGAUCCGUGCUCGGUUAGUGGACAAUGUGGUAGUUGCGCAGAAUGCAGUGUGAUCAAUCAUGGAGUUCAGUGUAGCUGCAAAGCUGGGUAUCAAGGAAAUCCUCUUCAGGGAUGUGUCUUGCCACCACAAAGAUGCAAUUCCUAUUGUCAAUGUGACGAACAUGGAAUCCUCUGUGCUGAAACUUGCAAUGACGACAGCCAAUGCUCGUGCGGUCAGAAAUGUUCUCUUGGAAAGUGUCGCAUGGCGUGCGAUCCAGGAGUAUGUCCAGCUGGACAACUGUGCGAAGGAGGAGCUUGCGUCGCUGGCUGCCGCACCCACCUUGAUUGUGCUAAUGAACAGGCUUGCGUAUCUGGGCAGUGUCAAGAUCCUUGCACCCGAGACGGUUCCUGCGGUAGAAAUGCCCUUUGUCGGGUCUCCGAUCAUCGUAUUUUGUGUCUAUGCCCAGAUGGCUUUCACGGAGAGCCUUCCCAGGAGUGUAUUCGCUUCGAAUGCUCAUCAGACGCUGAUUGCGAAAGUGACAAAGAAUGCCGUGCGGGAGCGUGUCGCAAUCCUUGCCUUGAGCAAGGCGCGUGUGGUGUCAAUGCCCAGUGUCGUGUGGCACACCAGAGGGCUCAGUGUUCCUGCCCACCAGGGUUCGUGGGGAAUCCCGAAAUUGAAUGCCAGCAGUUGUCGCCAGGCACGUGCCUGAGGAAUCCGUGUGGUGAGAAUGCCGUGUGCCACGAACUGUACGGCGGGUACGAGUGCAGCUGUAUCGAGGGAUGUGUUGGGGAUCCGCGAAAGGGAUGCCAGUGCGAGGGUGAAGUGAACGUGUGCUCUCAUCAAACAUGCGGUCUCAAUGCAGCGUGCCGUGUGCGAAAUGCCCACACCGCCGAGUGCUACUGUCCACCGGAAUUCCCGCAAGGGGAUCCAUACGUUCAAUGUGUUCCGGAAAAAUCGCACGUUGAUUGCCGCUCGACGGGAUGUCCCACCGGAAAAUGCGUACUGCACAACUUCCAGUAUGUCUGUAGAUGCACCACAAACAAUGAGAAACACCCUAAACACUGUUUGUUAUUCCCGGAACAUUUAGACCAGGAGUGCCAGAGUGAUGUGGAUUGUCCCAGCGAGAAGGCAUGUAUCGGUGGACAGUGUUCGGAUCCGUGCACGAUGCGUGGGGCGUGCGGUGUUAAUGCUCUGUGCCAGACUGUUCUGCACAGACCACGGUGUACAUGUCCCAAUUGUUACGUGGGUCGACCCCAUAUCGAAUGCACCCCAGACCCAAACUGCGUGGACCAGACGACGCCCCGACCCGCUACACCGAUUGCGCGUACGUGCCGCGAAAACAAUGACUGUCACCAGACAUUGCACUGUGACGCCAAUGGACAGUGCACAGACCCUUGUGAGAAUCCCACGUUCGUGUGCGAGGGCAAUAAGCGUUGCGAAACCCGUCGUCAUCGGCCCGUGUGCGUGUGCAAGGCGGGUUUCAUCGUGAAUGAGUAUGGGGAGUUGAUUUGUGCCCCUGAGACGCGUGAGUGCCAUCGGGAUGACGAGUGUGCGUCCAAUAGGGCAUGUAUCGAGGGGAGGUGUGCCAAUCCGUGUGCAGAGAAUGCACGUCGCGGCCGACCCUGUCCACAGGAUAAACAAUGCCAGGUUGUCGAUCGCAAGGCGGUGUGCGUGUGCAUGAAGGACUGCCAUCCGUCUUUGACCAUUUGCCUCAGAGACAUGGGGUGUCCUUCCGAUAAGGCAUGCCGUAACUAUCAAUGUGUUAACCCUUGCGAUCACGCCACAUGUGCCGCAAAUUCACCCUGCUACGUCGAAGAUCACAAGCCCAUCUGUAAAUUCUGCCCACCAGGAUUUGUGGCUGAUGCGCGAAAUGGAUGUCUAAAAGACAUCGGAUGCACUUCCCAUUCGGAUUGCCCUGUUCAGCGAGCGUGUAUCAAUGCCAGGUGCAUUGAUCCGUGUAUUCAGGCAAAUCCUUGCGAUGAAUUGCAAGAAUGCCAAGUUCAAAACCAUCAACCAGUUUGUGGACGAGAGCCAAACAUCGUGGCUGGCUGUGAACACUGUCCUCCUGGAGUUCAUUGUGAUCCAUUGACUGGAGCCUGCUUUAGAGAACCACCAGGCACACCCAAACGACCAGGCCCAUGCAAAUCGGACAAUGAUUGCAUCGAAAGUGAGGUAUGCUACAUGGAUCUAUGUCAUGAUCCAUGCGAGUUCAAAGAUGUUUGUGCACCAACGGCUCUGUGUCACACUAAAAUGCACAAACCGGUAUGCUCGUGUCCUGAAGGGCAUGAGGGGAAUCCUGCAGUAAAAUGCGUCCGAAUGGAACCAUUCAAAUGCACACAAAAUGAGGAUUGUCCCUUGACAGAAGCUUGUAUAGCGGGCAUGUGCCAGCAUCCUUGUGAUGUGCACAACCCAUGCGCCUCAGGUGCUAUUUGCAUCAACACAAACCAUGGAUUAGACUGCAGCUGUCCCGAACACUAUCAGGGCAACGGAUAUGUUGGUUGUGUUCCAGUCAUCGAUAACGUGAAUGUUUGUCAGUACAAUGAAGAUUGUCCGCCAGACAAAUAUUGCGACCGACUUAAUCGACGCUGUAUCAAUCCAUGCCUUGAAGAUUCAUGUGGAGAGAACGCUGAGUGCUUCCCAACUAAUCACGCCAUUGAGUGUCGAUGCUGGGAUGAGUACGUAGGGAAUCCUUACGUGGAAUGUUCCAGAAUCCUCGGCUGUAGAUCUGAUGCUGAGUGUAAUCAAUAUGAGGCUUGUGUCAACGGACAAUGUGUUUCGCCAUGUCAGUGUGGAGUCUACGCAAUCUGCGACGUGAUCAAUCAUCAGGCGUUCUGCAAGUGUCCUGUGGGUUACACAGGAGAUCCGUUGAUUGGCUGUCAACCGCCACAGAAUCCCUGCGAGCCAAACCCAUGCGGACUCAAUGCUCUGUGUGAACUUGAUCGAGGAAAUCCCAUCUGUUUCUGCCCGAAAGGACUCACUGGAAAUCCAUUCAAAAAUUGCAUUCCUGAAGGUAAUGAGUGCAUUCCCAAUCCAUGUGGCCCUAACAGUGGAUGCCGCGUUGUCAGUCAACAACCAAUAUGCUUCUGCCUGCCGGAAUAUGAAGGCUAUCCACCAGAGCGGCCAUGCAUCCUACCUCAAAAUCCCUGUGAUCCAUCACCAUGCGGACCUAACACGCAAUGCUCAAUUUUAUCAAAUGGAUUUGCAAAAUGCACUUGUUUGGCAGGAUUUAUUGAGAGUCCCAACACAAUCAGAGGCUGUGUGGAGCCAAAGAAUCCAUGCGAUCCCAAUCCUUGCGGACUGGGAGCUGUGUGUGACUCUUCACGUAAUCCUGUUUGCUACUGUCCUGAAAGAACGGUCGGUAAUCCUUACAGAAGCUGCAUAGAACCAAUACUCGUCCCUGAAUUAUGCAAACCUGGACCAUGUGGUCGCAAUGCUGACUGCUAUGUGGCUAAUAGCCGAGAGGAAUGCUACUGCCGACCAGGAUUCAUUGGAGAUCCUUACAGUGGAUGUCGAGAAAUUCCAAGAUCUGCCUGCGAACCCAAUCCCUGCGGACCUGGAGCACAGUGCAUUAUCACUCCAGAGGGACACAGUAUGUGUCGAUGCCCUGAUGGCAUUGGAGGUGAUCCAACAAGUAUUACUGGUUGCAGAGGCUACGAAUGUCAGGUGGAUGAUGAAUGUCCAUAUGAUAAAGCUUGUAUUGGAUUCCGGUGUCGAGAUCCGUGCCCAGGAUCGUGUGGUUUUGGAGCUCAUUGUCGAGUGGAGAAACAUCAUCCUGUCUGUUUCUGUAAUCCUGGACUCACAGGAAACCCUCUUACUCGAUGCUAUGUUCUUCCGGAAAAAUCUCCCGCUCCUAGACCCUCGCCAUGCACUCCAUCGCCUUGCGGGCUGAACACUGGAUGCAAGGUCAGUGGCAACCGUGCCAUUUGCUCAUGUUUGCCAACAUACAUUGGCGAUCCUAAAUUGGGAUGUCGACCAGAAUGCACCAUUAAUUCAGACUGUCCAUCAGAUAGAGCGUGUAUGAAUAGAAAAUGCGUAAGCCCGUGCGAAGGCCGAGUUUGUGGAAUUGGUGGAGAGUGUCGUAUGGAGAAUCACACGCCUGUAUGCCAAUGUCCGAAUGGGUACAUUGGAGAUCCAUACUUCCAGUGCGUCCUCUUGCCACCAGUAACCGAGCCUAAGCAGCCUUGUGCAUCAGAUCCUUGCAGUGGAAAUAUGUUCUGUUCUGUUUAUGGAAAUGAUGUUGCCAUUUGUGAUCCGUGUGCAUCUCCACAUGCUUACAACUACCCUCAGUGCCGGCCAGAAUGUUUAUCCAACGCGGAUUGUCCAUUCAACUUGGCAUGUUUGGGACAGAAAUGUCUUGAUCCUUGUCCAGGGUCUUGUGGACACCAAGCUGUAUGUACUGUGGUUUAUCAUAACCCGAUUUGUCACUGUCCUCAAGGACUCUUUGGAAAUCCCUUCGAACAUUGCUCAACACCAUCCAUUAUCGUCCAUGAUAGAGUCGAAUCUUGUGCAACUGUUCGAUGUGGCGCCAAUGCUGAAUGUCGCCAACAAGGAGGAGUCUUGGCUUGCGUAUGCCGCAAAGGAUACUUUGGCGAUCCUCUUCUUGGUUGUCAUCCAGAGUGCGUUGUUAAUCCAGACUGCAGACCAGAUUUGGCAUGUGUUAAUGGGAAAUGCGUGGAUCCUUGCAAAGGAGCUUGUGGACUCAAUGCACAAUGUCAGACCGUUAAUCAUUUCCCAGUGUGUUACUGUCCUCAAGGAUUUACUGGAAACGCUCAAGUAUUAUGUUCAGAACACAGACAAAUCACACCAAUAGUUCCAAUCAACCCAUGCGAUCCUACACCAUGUGGCCUCAACAGUCGCUGUCUGGUAUCUCCUGAUGGUUACGCUAUCUGCUCUUGUCUGCCAGGAUACAAGGGAGCUCCUCCAGCUUGCCAACCAGAGUGCUUGAUCAGUGCUGAUUGUGCUCAAAACAGGGCUUGCUUAAACCAAAAGUGUGUGGAUCCAUGUCCAGGAACUUGUGGAAUUAAUGCUUUCUGUGAAGUCUUUAAUCACAACCCCAUCUGCAGUUGUCCUUCAGGACAAGAGGGAGAUCCCUUCGUUUCUUGCCAAUAUCCAGAAGAAAAGGGUGUCAUACCAAUUGUUCCAGAAAAUCCUUGCGUGCCUUCACCGUGUGGACCAAAUUCCAUCUGUCAGGUUCGAGAUCACCGACCUGUUUGCUCAUGUGCAGUGACUUACAUUGGAAGCCCUCCGUUCUGUCGCCCGGAGUGUGUUGUAAGCGAAGAAUGUCCCCAGGACAAAGCAUGCAUCAAGGAGAAGUGCCGCAACCCAUGUGACAAUGUUUGCGGAGUCAAUGCUCAAUGUAGUGUAAUUGCACACUCAGCAUUCUGUAAUUGCCUUAAGGGAUAUCAAGGCGAUGCUUUUGUGGGAUGCUCAAAGAUUCCUGAACCUCUAGCUCAUCAUGAUCCCUGUAAUCCAUCACCUUGUGGGGAAAAUGCUCAGUGUACUGAGAGGAAUGGUGUUGCUAGAUGUUCCUGUAUCCCACCGUAUAUUGGUGAUCCCUACACUUCAGGAUGUCGUCCAGAGUGUGUCUUCAAUUCUGACUGUCCUAGCCAUUUGGCUUGCAUCAAACAACACUGCCGAGAUCCGUGCCCUGGAGUUUGUGGAUCCAACGCCGAGUGUGCCGUAGUUAAUCAUAUUCCAGUAUGCACUUGUGCUCGAGGCUAUCGCGGAGAUCCAUUCUCUGGCUGCCGCGCUGAACCUAUUGCACCACCACCUGAACCGCUGAAUCCUUGUGAACCAUCUCCGUGUGGACCUAAUAGUGUGUGUCGCGUAGUGGAUGGAAGGCCAAUUUGCUCUUGCCAGAUUGGAUACUUCGGCGUGCCUCCAUCUUGCCGACCUGAGUGUAUCGUUAGCUCAGAAUGUAGUCAGCAUCAAGCCUGUAUUGGACAGAAAUGCAAGGAUCCUUGCCCAGGAACGUGUGGCUUCAAUGCUCGAUGCCAAGUGGUCAAUCACAAUCCCAUUUGCAGUUGUCCUAGUGGUUAUAUUGGAGAUCCAUUUGAACAGUGUACAGUGAAACCUGAAGUGAUGGUACCGCCUAAACAAGUCAAUCCAUGUCUGCCGAGUCCUUGUGGCUCUAAUGCUGAGUGCCGUGAAAUCGACAACCGAGCUGUUUGCAGUUGCUUGCCAGACAUGCUCGGAACACCGCCAAACUGCCGACCAGAGUGUGUUAUCCACCAGGAUUGCCCAUCCAACAGGGCUUGUGUUAAUCAGAAGUGCCGAGAUCCUUGCAUUGGUUCCUGUGGCUUCAACGCCCAGUGCACAACGCAGAAUCAUCAGCCGAUGUGCACGUGUUUCGAUAGCUACGAAGGCGAUCCCUAUGCCGGCUGCAAUCCCAGACAAGUUCAAAUCAUUGAAGUGGUGAACCCCUGCAAUCCCUCGCCAUGUGGAUCAAAUGCUUUGUGCAAAGAGCGCAAUGGUGCUGGUUCUUGUGUUUGCAUGCCUGAAUACUUUGGUGAUCCCUAUAUAAAUUGUCGACCAGAGUGUAUGCAAAACUCCGAUUGUGCCCACGACAAGAGUUGCAUGAAUCGUAAAUGCGUCGAUCCAUGCAUUGGCACGUGUGGAGUGAACGCCGAAUGUCGCGUCACAAAUCACUAUCCCAUAUGCACAUGCACACCAGGAUACACGGGAAAUCCUCUACAAUUGUGCCACAUCAUCCCAACAGCCAUUGUUGUUCACGAACCUCAGAAUCCUUGCACGCCAUCCCCAUGCGGACUUUUCAGUACAUGCCGUGAUAUUAACAAUCGCGCAAUUUGCUCUUGUCUGCCCAAUUACCUGGGAGCACCACCUAAUUGCAAGCCAGAAUGCGUAAUUACUUCUGAAUGUGGAUUCGAAAAAUCAUGCGUGAAUCAGAGAUGUAUCGACCCAUGUCCUGGAACUUGUGGUAUUCAUGCGAGAUGUCGUGUCACGAAUCACAAUCCCAUUUGCUCUUGUCCACCUGGAUAUAAUGGCGAUCCUUUCGUGCAAUGCGUGCCGGAAGAGAGAAAACCGAUUGCCGUGAUAAAUGAAAAUCCAUGUAUUCCUACUCCUUGUGGACCAAACUCUGUAUGCAAAAACGUGGACUCUCGGGCCGUGUGCUCAUGUGUUGCAAACUAUGUGGGUCGCCCCCCAAGUUGUCGACCUGAGUGCGUGACCAAUUCCGAAUGUCCUCCGGUUUUAGCCUGCAUUAAUGAGAAAUGCCGUGACCCGUGCGUUGGAUCAUGUGGUUUCAAUGCUGAAUGUCGUGUCGUUUCCCACUCACCCAUUUGCAUGUGUGUUGAUGGACAUACCGGGGAUCCUUUCUCAGGAUGCACGAGGGUUGUAGUAUCGAAAGAAGUUCGUACUCCAUGUACACCAUCACCAUGUGGUAUCAAUGCUGUGUGCAAGGAGCGGAAUGGUGCAGGAUCAUGCUCAUGUAUUCCUGAGUACACCGGGAAUCCCUACAUUGAGUGUCGACCAGAAUGUGUUCUCAAUACUGACUGCCCUAGAAAUAGGGCAUGCGUGAACAACAAAUGUGUCGAUCCUUGUCCAGGAACAUGCGGAAUAAAUGCCGAAUGUCGAGUGAUCAAUCACUCGCCGACUUGUACAUGUUUCCCCGGAUACAUUGGGAAUGCUCUCAGUGCAUGCAAUUUACCACCUCCAAGUAAGAUUUAUCGGGAUGUGCCUGUACCUGUAAAUCCAUGUGUACCGAGCCCCUGUGGUGCCAAUAGUAAUUGCCGUGUGGUGAAUAACCAUGCUGUGUGCUCUUGCAUAUCGAAUUAUGUGGGUAGCCCACCGAAUUGUCGGCCAGAGUGCGUUGUUAGUUCAGAAUGUGGCCAAGAUCGCGCAUGUAUUAAUGAAAAGUGCAAGGACCCAUGUCCCGGCACUUGUGGCGUUCACGCUCGAUGCCAGGUCAUUGUACAUAAUCCGAUAUGCAGUUGCCCAAGUGGUUACACAGGCGAUCCUUUUGUAAGCUGUUCCCCGGAAGAGAGACGACCUGUGGUGACGGACCUGGCCAGAGAUCCUUGCGUACCCUCUCCAUGUGGACCCAAUUCUCAAUGUCGUGCUGUGGAUACUUCACCAGUCUGUACAUGUCUUCCCAAUUAUCUUGGUAGAGCGCCCAAUUGUCGUCCUGAAUGUACCAGUAAUUCCGAAUGCCCAGGCUAUUUGGCAUGUGUCAAUGAGCGAUGCAAAGAUCCUUGCCCUGGUUCUUGUGGAAACUUUGCUACCUGCACAACAAUUAAACAUCGUCCAAUCUGCCGAUGUCUGGAACAAUACUCUGGUGAUCCCUUCUCGGGAUGUUCCCCAAUUGCUGUGAUUCGUGAGCCUGAGAUCCUAAUGCCUUGUUCACCGUCGCCCUGUGGCAUCAAUGCUAUCUGCCAAGAACGAAACGGAGCUGGAAGUUGUUCAUGUAUUCCUGAAUACUUUGGUGAUCCCUAUGUUGAAUGUCGACCGGAGUGUGUUCUGAACGCUGACUGCGCCAAGAAUCGAGCUUGCGUCAAUCAAAAAUGCAGAGAUCCAUGUCCAGGAGUUUGUGGUCUCAAUGCUGAAUGUAGUGUCAUCAAUCAUGCUCCCACUUGCAUGUGUCUUCCAGGGUACACUGGCAAUCCAUCAUUAUCCUGCCAUGAAAUUCCACGAAUUGCCGAACCACCAGUCCCUGUAUAUCCUUGUCGUCCAUCUCCUUGUGGACCUUACAGUGAGUGUCGCGAAGUGAAUGAUCACGCAGUUUGCUCCUGCCAGAAGAAUUACAUAGGAGCUCCACCAGCUUGCCGACCUGAAUGCACCGUCAGCUCAGAGUGUAGUCAAGACAAAUCCUGUAUCAAUCUCAAGUGUGUGGAUCCUUGUCCAGGAACUUGUGGCGUUCACGCCAGGUGUCAAGUUACAAAUCAUAAUCCCAUCUGCAGUUGUCCGCCGGGAUCGACUGGUGAUCCAUUUGUCCAGUGUGUUCCAGAAGAAAGACGACCAACACCUAUCGAACCAGUAAAUCCUUGCGUUCCUACACCAUGUGGUCCAUAUUCCCAAUGCCGCACUGUUGGAAGUACUCCAGUUUGUACAUGUUUACCUAACUACAUUGGACGAGCACCGCAAUGUCGGCCUGAAUGUGUCUUGAACGCCGAUUGCGCGGCAAAUCUGGCUUGUGUCAACGAGAGAUGUAAAGAUCCUUGUCCCGGAUCGUGUGGUUUCAAUGCUCUCUGCAGUGUGCUUAAACACUCACCUGUUUGCACAUGUCAAGCAGGAUUCACGGGUGAUCCGUUCUCUGGUUGCCAACCUAUUCCGAUAACUCCUCCCACUGAAGAACCACGCAAUCCCUGUAGUCCCUCACCUUGCGGUGCAAAUGCUGUAUGCAAAGAACGCAACGGGGCUGGAUCAUGCACUUGCCUGCCCGAUUACUUUGGCGAUCCUUACAGUGGUUGUCGUCCAGAAUGUGUCACAAAUAACGAUUGUGCCCGCGACAAAGCCUGUCUCAAUCAGAAAUGUCGAGACCCCUGCCCUGGAGUUUGUGGACUUAAUGCUGAAUGUCGUGUGGUCAAUCAUGCUCCCAGUUGUGUCUGUCUUCCUGGAUUUACUGGAAAUCCCUUGACCUCUUGCCAUGAACCUCCACCGCCACCCAAACAACUUGAUCCGGUUAAUCCGUGCGUACCCUCACCCUGUGGACCCAACAGUCAAUGUAGAGAAAUCAAUGGUCAUGCUGUUUGCUCCUGCCAAACGAACUAUAUCGGUGUCCCGCCAAAUUGUCGUCCUGAAUGCAUGAUAAGUUCAGAGUGUGCUCAGGACAAGGCAUGCAUUAAUCAGAGAUGCGUUGAUCCAUGCCCGGGAACUUGUGGUGUUGGUGCACACUGCAUGGUGAUCAACCACAAUCCAAUAUGCUCUUGCUCGCCUGGAUAUGUGGGUGAUCCCUUUGUGCGGUGUGUAAAACACUAUCUAGAACGCCCUGUUGUGAUACCCACUGCCGAUCCCUGUGUACCUUCUCCUUGCGGACCAAACAGUCAAUGUCGUGCCGUCGGUGAGACUGCGGCGUGCUCCUGUCUUCCCAAUUAUGUUGGGAAAGCGCCAAAUUGUCGGCCAGAAUGUACAAUUAAUGCCGAAUGUUCACCCAUGUUGGCGUGCAUCAAUGAGAAGUGCAAAGAUCCAUGCAUUGGUUCAUGUGGACUCAAUGCUCGCUGCACUGUUGUUAGUCACAAUCCCGUAUGUCAGUGUGAUAUAGGAUUUACUGGCGAUCCAUUUGCCAUUUGUACAGAAAUACCAAGAUCUCAACCCGUUCCGGAGGUGCGAAAUCCGUGCAACCCAUCACCAUGUGGCGCAAAUGCUGUGUGCAAGGAAAGAAAUGGUGCUGGAAGUUGCUCCUGUCUUCCUGAAUACUAUGGUGAUCCGUACAGUGGAUGCCGUCCAGAGUGUGUUCAAAAUUCAGAUUGUGAUCGAUCGAGAGCAUGCAUUAACAACAAAUGUCGGGAUCCAUGUCCAGGAGUUUGCGGAGUCAAUGCGGAGUGUCAGGUUCACAACCAUGCUCCCACUUGUCUCUGUAUUCCUGGCUACACUGGAGAUCCUUCAACAGUCUGCAGAAUCAUUGAACCAGUAACAGCCCCACCGCCUACAAACCCCUGCCAACCCUCACCAUGUGGUCCAAAUAGUGUGUGUCGUGAAGUGAACGAUCAUGCUGUGUGUUCAUGUCAACCUAAUUUCCGUGGAUCGCCACCCAACUGCCGACCAGAAUGUGUAGUUAGUUCUGAAUGUACACAAGAUAAGGCCUGCGUUAAUCAGAAAUGCGUCGAUCCAUGCCCGGGCACUUGUGGUGUAAAUGCCAAGUGCCAGGUUGUGAAUCACAGUCCGAUCUGCAGUUGUGCUAAGGGUUACACUGGCGAUCCAUUUGUACGAUGUUCUCCAUUUGAAUUACCACCCCCAGCGAGAGACUCUGGCAAUCCUUGUGUUCCUUCACCAUGUGGACCAAAUAGUCAGUGUAGGGUAAUUGGAGAUCAAGCUGCAUGUUCCUGCAUGCCCAAUUAUGUGGGACGAUCACCCAACUGUCGCCCUGAGUGUACCAUCAAUGCUGAAUGCUCGAGCAAUUUGGCGUGUGUGAAUGAGAGAUGCGUAGAUCCUUGCCCAGGCUCAUGUGGACGAAAUGCCCUGUGUAGUGUCGUAAAACACAAUCCUGUAUGCACGUGUACCCAAGGCUAUGAAGGAGAUCCUCUUGUGCAAUGCAAUCCUGCAUUACCUCCAUCCACUGAACGAGCUCCUCCUCCAACACCUUGCAUACCGUCACCUUGUGGCCCAAAUGCAGAGUGUAGGGAACGAAAUGGGGCUGGUGCUUGUUUCUGUCAUCAGGGAUUUGAAGGAAAUCCUUAUGAUAAAACAAAAGGAUGUCGUCAGGAGUGCGAAGUAAAUCAAGAUUGUGCUCCACAUCUCUCUUGCGCUCGGAAUAAGUGUGUUGAUCCAUGUAUUGGAACUUGUGGAACUUAUGCCAUUUGUACGGUUGAGAACCACUUCCCUGUAUGCACUUGUCCACCGGGAUACACUGGAGAUCCAUUCUUCCUCUGUCGCGAAGAACCAGUCACUCAGCCACCUCGGCGUAGAGAGAAUCCAUGUGUGCCUACUCCUUGUGGACCUAAUAGCAACUGCAGAACAGUGAAUGAGCAAGCUGUGUGUUCCUGCCAACCGAGUUACAUUGGAACACCACCACAAUGUCGACCGGAAUGCGUUGUGAACUCUGAAUGUCCAGCUGACCGCGCUUGUAUCAAUCAAAAAUGUGCAGACCCUUGUCCAAAUACCUGUGGAAUUCAGGCGCAAUGCUCAACAAGAAAUCACAACCCCAUUUGUGCCUGUCCGUCCGGAUUCACAGGAGAUCCUUUCGCUCAGUGCACGAGAAUCCCUAUCGUACCUGAAAUUGUCACAACUGAGAGACCUCCUUCCUGCACUCCAUCACCUUGUGGGCCGAACUCGAAGUGCCAGAUCAUUGGAAGUAAUCCAGCUUGCUCUUGCCUCGAGGAUUACAUCGGAAGUCCACCUAAUUGUCGUCCUGAAUGUGUGCUUAAUUCAGAAUGCAGUGGCCCAUUGGCCUGUAUAAAUCAAAAGUGCAAAGAUCCUUGUCCAGGAUCUUGUGGAUUUGAUGCGAAGUGCCAUGUUCUCAAUCAUGUUCCUAUUUGCACUUGCAAUGACGGCUUCGAAGGUGAUCCAUUUGUGAGAUGUAACAGGAUUCCACCAACUACUGUUACGCCAAUCGUCUUUGAUCCAUGCAAUCCAUCACCAUGUGGUCCAAACACUCACUGCAGCAACGGAGAGUGUACUUGCAUUGCUGAGUAUGUUGGUAAUCCAUACGAAGGAUGUCGCCCAGAAUGUGUCCUUAGCUCAGAUUGUAGCCGCGAUAAAGCUUGUCUCAGGAACAAGUGUCGCGAUCCGUGUCCAGGAACAUGCGGCCAGAAUGCUAAAUGUGAAGUAGUCAAUCACAUUCCCAUCUGCUCCUGUCCAACGGGAUACACUGGAGAUCCUUUCAGUCAUUGCCGAGUAGUAGAAAUUGUGCCAGAACCUAAACGUGAUCCAUGCAAUCCUUCACCUUGUGGACCAAACAGUCAAUGCCGUCAAGUCAGCGACCAAGCAGUAUGUUCAUGCUUGCAAGGAUUUAUUGGAGCUCCGCCACAGUGCCGUCCUGAGUGUGUGAUCAGCAGUGAAUGCUCUCAAAUUCAAGCAUGCAUAAAUCAAAAAUGUGUUGAUCCAUGCAGAGGAGCUUGUGGAGUUAAUGCAAGAUGUGAAGUCAUUAAUCACAGUCCGAUCUGUAGUUGCAGUGCUGGUCAGACAGGCGAUCCAUUCAACAGCUGCCAGCCAUUGCCACCACCACCAGCUCCCAAAGAGGAGCCUGUUCCUCAGGAUCCUUGCAAUCCUUCGCCAUGUGGUCCUAAUUCUGUUUGUCGUGCUAAUGCUGGAGGAACACCGUCAUGUCAAUGCAUCAGUGGCUACGUGGGUGCUCCUCCGAAUUGUCGUCCAGAAUGUGUCAUCAAUCCGGACUGUCCAAGUCAUCAAGCAUGCAUCAACAAUCAUUGCGUGGAUCCUUGUCCCGGAUCAUGUGGAACAAAUGCUGAAUGCCGUGUCAUUUCUCACGCUGUCGUCUGUACCUGUGCUGUAGGAUAUACAGGAAAUCCAUUUGUUCAAUGUGUGGUGCAACAGCAGGAGAGAAUCAAUCCUUGUGAACCAUCUCCUUGUGGUCCCAAUGCUGAGUGCAUUCGGAGGAAUGAUGCAGGCGCAUGUAAGUGUAUUGAAGACUACCAAGGAAAUCCUUACGAGGGAUGCCGUCCCGAAUGUGUUCUCAGCUCUGAUUGCCCUACCGAUAAGGCUUGUAUUCGAAACAAAUGCGGCGAUCCUUGUCCCGGAGUUUGUGGUGAAAAUGCUCAAUGUCAGGUUAUAAACCACGUGCCACGAUGUUCAUGCUUCGACGGAUACAUUGGAGAUCCUUUCACACGAUGCAACCUUCGGCCAGCAGAGCCUGUUACAAUUCAACCCUUGGAUCCAUGCAAUCCUUCGCCGUGUGGUCCGAAUGCCAAGUGUCGAGUGUCUAAUGGAGUGGCGGUGUGCUCAUGUCAAGCUGAGUAUGUGGGAUCACCACCUAACUGUCGUCCGGAGUGUACAGUGAACGCAGAGUGUCCAUCCAACAAAGCGUGCCAUAAAUUCAAAUGUGCCAACCCAUGCCAUGGAACGUGUGGGUUCAAUGCCAGAUGCGAAGUCAUAAAUCACAACCCUAUCUGCAGCUGCCCAUCCGAUAUGACUGGUGAUCCCUUCACAAGGUGUUCUCCGAUUAUCAAACAAGAGCCACCACCACAACCAAGACCUGUUGAUCCCUGCAACCCAUCGCCAUGCGGUCUGUAUGCAGACUGUCAAGCCAUUCAGGGAUCACCUGUUUGUUCUUGUAAACCCACUUAUGUUGGAUCUCCACCAAACUGCCGACCCGAAUGUGUCGUCAACACUGAUUGUCCAUCCAGCAGAGCCUGCAUUGCCGAAAAAUGUCGCGAUCCUUGCCAAGGAUCAUGUGGAUUUAACACCGAGUGCCGCGUACAGAAUCACAUACCCAUUUGCACUUGCAUACCUGGUUUCACUGGAGAUCCUUUCACUCAGUGUACGCAAAUCAUUGAGCGCACUCCACCAGUUACACCAUCGCCGGAUCCUUGCGAUCCUUCACCAUGUGGCUCUAAUACUGCCUGCCGCGAUGGAGUAUGCUCAUGUCUGCCUAACUACUUUGGAGACCCAUACACAGGUUGUCGCCCAGAGUGCACAAUGAACACUGAUUGUUCACCAAACAAAGCGUGUGUUAAUACUAAAUGUAUUGAUCCCUGUCCUGGUACUUGUGGUCAAGACGCUAAGUGUGAAGUGUACAAUCACAUUCCAACAUGUAGCUGUCCACCCGGCUUCCGAGGAGAUCCAUUUGUGCUCUGCCGGCAAGUCCCAAUCGUUCAAGAGCCAAUCAAUCCGUGUAAUCCAUCUCCAUGUGGACCUAAUGCAAUUUGUCGAGAAGCCAACGGUGCUGCUGUUUGCGCUUGCCAACCACGAAUGGUCGGUUCACCACCAAGUUGCCGACCAGAAUGUGUGGUUAGUGCGGAAUGUGCACUGCAACAAGCAUGUCUCAACAAUAAGUGCCAAGACCCAUGUCCAGGAACGUGUGGCCAGAAUGCGAAGUGUCAAGUGAUCAAUCACAAUCCAAUAUGCUCGUGCAGUCCCGGAUAUACUGGUGAUCCAUUCUCGCGGUGCUAUGAAAUUCCGAGAUUGCCACCAGAGCCAAUUAACGUGUGCAUACCAUCACCAUGUGGACCAAAUGCUGAAUGUCGCGAUGCUGCUGGAACACCUGCUUGCUCUUGCCUGCCAAACUAUAUAGGAACACCACCAGGCUGUCGCCCAGAGUGUACAAUUAAUCCAGAGUGUCCUUCAACUAAAGCCUGCAUGAAUCAACGCUGUGCAGAUCCAUGCCCUGGUUCUUGCGGAAACAAUGCUAAGUGCUCAGUAAUCAACCAUACGCCCAUCUGUACGUGUGAAACUGGAUACACAGGUGACCCCUUCUCCGGCUGCAUUCUCAGACAAGGGAUCGAACACGAGUAUGUGAAUCCUUGCCAGCCGUCUCCUUGCGGUCCGAAUAGUCAGUGCCGCGAAGUGAACGGACAAGCGGGAUGCUCAUGUCUGCCCACUUAUGUGGGAAGUCCGCCGGGUUGUAGGCCCGAAUGCGUUGUGAGCUCCGAGUGUCCUCUCGACAAGGCGUGUGUAAAUCAGAAAUGCGUCGAUCCUUGCCCGGGAACCUGUGGUACAAAUGCCAAUUGCCGAGUUAACAACCACAGUCCCAUUUGCACAUGCCAAUCGGGUUACACCGGGGAUCCUUUCAGCAGAUGCUACCCCAUUCCUCCUCCCCCUCAAGAACCAGUCCGAGAAGAGUAUCGUGACCCCUGCAAUCCCUCACCUUGUGGCCCCAAUUCUCAAUGUCGCGACAUCAAUGGAUCACCUUCGUGUUCCUGUUUAGCCACCUACAUCGGAUCUCCUCCAAAUUGCCGACCCGAGUGCACAAUUAAUGCAGAAUGCCAGAGCAGUCUGGCGUGCAUCCGUGAAAAGUGUCGGGAUCCUUGCCCUGGAUCAUGUGGCGUUGGCGCCCGAUGUUCUGUAAUUAAUCAUACGCCGAUUUGUGUGUGUCCGGAAGGAUAUACCGGAGAUCCCUUCUCAAACUGUUUCCCCGCCCCACCUCCACCGAGAGAACCCGUCCUCGAUGACCCCUGCAAUCCAUCCCCAUGUGGACCGAAUGCUCAGUGCCGCGAUGGCAUUUGCACGUGCCUUCCAGAAUACCAGGGUGAUCCGUACAGAGGAUGCCGACCUGAGUGCGUCUUGAACUCGGAUUGCCCGAGGAACAAGGCGUGUCUUCGUAGCAAAUGCGCCGAUCCCUGUCCCGGAACUUGCGGCUUGGACGCCAUCUGCGAGGUCAUAAAUCACGUUCCCAUGUGUACCUGUCCCGCUGGAAUGGUUGGCAAUGCAUUUGUGCAGUGUCAACCCGUCCUCGAUGACCCCUGCAAUCCAUCCCCAUCACCCGUUGUAACGAAUCCUUGCACACCAUCGCCUUGUGGUCCCAACAGUCAGUGCCGCGAGAUAAAUGGGCAGGCCGUGUGCUCUUGUGUCCCCGGAUACAUUGGCAGUCCUCCGACGUGCAGACCUGAAUGCGUGGUGAAUUCUGAAUGCAGCGCCAAUGAGGCGUGUCAGAACCAGAAAUGUAGGGAUCCCUGUCCAGGAACAUGUGGCGUUGGUGCCAAAUGCACAGUGGUGAACCACAAUCCCAUCUGUAGUUGUCCUCCACGUUUCACCGGAGAUCCGUUUAUUCGUUGCCAGCCAAUAACUCCCCCUCAAGAACCAGUCCGAGAAGAGUAUCGUGACCCCUGCAAUCCCUCACCUUGUGGCCCCAAUUCUCAAUGUCGCGACAUCAAUGGAUCACCUUCGUGUUCCUGUUUAGCCACCUACAUCGGAUCUCCUCCAAAUUGCCGACCCGAGUGCACAAUUAAUGCAGAAUGCCAGAGCAGUCUGGCGUGCAUCCGUGAAAAGUGUCGGGAUCCUUGCCCUGGAUCAUGUGGCGUUGGCGCCCGAUGCUCUGUAAUUAAUCAUACGCCGAUUUGUGUGUGUCCGGAAGGAUACACCGGAGAUCCCUUCUCAAACUGUUUCCCCGCCCCACCUCCACCUGAACCAACUCCACCUCCGAAAAUUCCAACACCUUGUCAACCUUCACCCUGUGGAAUUAACGCCAGAUGUCGUGUUGAGGGCGUUAAUGAGAUUUGUGAAUGCAUCCCAGAGUAUCAUGGCAAUCCGUACGAAGGAUGUCGACCUGAAUGCGUUGGUAAUUCCGAAUGUGCAAUGAAUCGGGCUUGUAUCCGAAACAAGUGCGUUGAUCCUUGCCCUGGAACAUGUGGCGUUGAGGCUCAGUGCUCUGUAACAAAUCAUAUUCCUAUCUGCACAUGUCCACCUGGAACUACUGGCGAUGCAUUCCGCCACUGCAUUCGAACACCAGAAAGAGUUGAUCAAGUCGAAACAAGAGAUCCGUGCUACCCAUCUCCGUGUGGCCUUAAUACACUGUGUCGCCGGGUGGGAGAAAAUGCCCAUUGCGAGUGCCUCAGUGGGUACUUCGGCAAUCCAUUUGGAACUGGUUGUCGGCCAGAAUGCACCAUCAACUCUGAUUGCUCUAGAAACCUCGCUUGCAUCAACACCAAGUGCGUCGACCCUUGUCCAGGAGUUUGUGGUUACAGCGCCCAGUGUCAUGUGAUAAAUCACAGCCCGAUUUGCUCAUGUCCUGCUAAUAUGAUUGGUGAUCCAUUUGUGGAGUGCAAGGUGCCUUUGGCCGAACCUGUGGAUCCGUGCAACCCAUCACCUUGUGCCGCUAAUGGAGUUUGUCGGGUGCACAAUGGAGCUGCUGUUUGCACAUACCCAGAGUGUGUCAUCAAUUCAGAUUGCUCUCGAGACCGAGCGUGUUUCAAUCAGAGAUGUCGCGAUCCAUGCAUCGACGCCUGUGGACUCAAUGCUCUGUGUGCAGCUAUUAAUCACAAAGCGGUGUGCUCCUGUCCGCCUGGAUUCGCGGGAUCUCCGUUUGUGGAAUGCUAUCGUCACAUUGAGCCUGCCGUGCGACCGGAAUGCGAAAGCGACAGUGAGUGUUCAAAUGAUAAGGCUUGCAUCAACCAGAAAUGUGUAAACCCAUGCUUGGAAUCGAAUGGAGGACUUUGCGGCCAGAACGCUGAGUGCCAUGUGAGAGUACACAGGCCUGUCUGUGUCUGUCGAAGUGGAUUCACUGGAAAUGCUCAUCUGGCUUGCUUUGAGAUUGGAUGUCGCUCUGAUUCUGACUGUCCUGUUACGCAAGCCUGUGUCAAUAGAGAAUGCGUUGAGCCCUGCUCAUACACUCAAUGCGGAACAAAUGCAAUUUGCCGAUCAGACUACAACCAUAAAGCCAGGUGCUUCUGUCCAGAUAACUACCGAGGAAACCCUCUCAUUAGCUGCAAUCGGCCAGAAUGCACUGUGGAUGCUGAUUGUCCAUUUAAUUUGGCCUGCAUCAAUGAACAUUGCCAGGACCCUUGCAACUGCGCGCCUGGGGCUCUCUGUCGGGUGGACAAUCAUAGAGCCUCCUGCAGAUGCCCACCAGGAUACACAGGAGAUGGAAAUGUGGCUUGUUCUUUCAUUCCUGUUGAAAGAGCUCCCGAGUGUACGAUGGACGCCGAUUGCUCGAGCAAGUUGGCCUGCUUCAGUGGAGUUUGCAAGAAUCCAUGCUAUGAAACUAAGCCAUGUGCUGCCCAUGCUAUUUGCAAUGUGGUGGACACUCUUCCACUCAGAACUAUGGUUUGCCAAUGCGAACCAGGAUAUAUUGGCGAUGCAGAAAUUGAAUGCAAAUUAGCUCCAUUGAAGGAUGAAGGAUGCUCUGCGGACAGUGACUGUGCCCAGACGGAAGCCUGCAGAAAUCGAGUUUGCGUGAAUCCAUGCAGAGAUGGCAAUCCAUGUGCCAGAACAGCCGAAUGUCGAGCCCAGAAUCAUCGCGCAGUGUGUGUCUGCUCACCAGGAAUGGUGGGUGAUCCAUUCGUCAACUGCUACCGAGAGCCUUCGGCGCCAACACCAGAAUGUCGAUCAAACUCCGAUUGUACAGAUGACAAGGCCUGUGUGAACCAGAAGUGCCUCAAUCCCUGCGCUGAAUCAAAUCCUUGUGGUGGAAAUGCAGAGUGUCGUGUGGCUCUCCAUCGUCCUCUGUGCUACUGCCCAGCAGAUUGGGGUGGCGAUCCUCACGUUCAGUGUCACAGGCCAGAGUGUCAAAUCAACGACGACUGUCCCUAUGAUAAGGCUUGCUAUAGUGGAAAGUGCCUCAAUCCUUGCUCAUACGGGCCCAUCCAGUGUGGACGAGGGGCUGAGUGCUUUGCUCAGAAUCAUAGAGCCAAUUGUGCGUGUCCCCCUGGAACUCAGGGCAAUCCAAUGGUAUCAUGUAUCACAGGAUUGUGUCAGUACAAUGAGGAUUGUGCUGAUCAUGAAGCGUGCGAUCGUCUCAAUCGCGUCUGUCGACCAGUUUGUGAAGCAGAAACUUGUGCUAAAGAUGCCACUUGCACAGGACGCAAUCAUCAACCACUUUGCGAGUGCUUCCCCGGAACAACUGGCAAUCCAUUUGUGGAAUGCUACCGUCCACGACAACCUGUUGAGCCUGAGUGUCGUACAGAUGGAGAUUGUCCAUCCAAGCUUGCCUGCUUUGAGGGAAGAUGCGAAAAUCCUUGCACGAAAUCCAACGUAUGCACAUCUCAAGAUCAGAUUUGCUCAGUGGUGGACACUCUUCCCUAUAGAACAAUGCUGUGCAAGUGCCCAGGAGACACUAUCACCAAUUCCAUUGGCAAGUGUAUUCCAAUAAAAUUGGAACAACCAGUGGGAUGCACAUCAAAUGCUGACUGUGCUGAUCCGGAGAUUUGCCAACGCGGAGCUUGUAUUGUGGCAUGUCAUAUUGAGCAGUGUGGCAUCAAUGCUCAAUGCACAUCUUCGAAUCAUCGUGCAAGAUGCUCAUGCGCUCCUGGAUAUGAGGGCAAUCCUCUAAUAGAGUGCUCACCCAUACCCAAGACACCAUCGCGACCGGAACCAGCAGAAUGCUACAAGAAUGACGAUUGUCCAUUCGACAGGAAGUGCUUCAAUGAGCGGUGCGUUAAUCCCUGCACAACUGGGGAUCCAUGCGGUCGAGGAGCGGUGUGCUUCAUUGAAAACCGAGAGCCUGUUUGCAAGUGUCCUCAGGGAUACACGGGAGACCCUCGAGUUUUCUGCCAACCACCGUCUGAAGCUACAGUUGGGUGCAAAUCCAAUUCCGAAUGUGCCCUCUCUGAGUCUUGUAUCAAUCGAAUUUGUGCUAAUCCUUGCAAUUGUGGCUCCAAUGCAGAAUGCAAAGUCGUGGAUCACUAUCCUAUCUGCUAUUGCCGCCCUGGAUUCUCAGGAAAUCCUCAAGCAGGAUGCGUAAAGUAUGAAUGUACUUCCGACUUUGACUGCAGCGAUGAUAAGACUUGUCUUACCGGACAAUGUGUGAAUCCAUGCGUCGUGAACGAUCCCUGCGCUAUCAAUGCCGAAUGCUAUGGACACAGCCAUCGAGCAGCUUGCCGAUGCAAUCCAGGUCUGGAAGGUAAUCCCUUCGAGAAGUGUGUGCGCGUUGAGUGCCACUCAGACUUCGAGUGUCCAGACAAUCGAGCAUGCGUUGAUAGCCACUGUGUAAAUCCAUGCGCCACCGAUGCUCAUCCUCCAUGCGCCCAGAAUGCCCUUUGCUACCCAAGAAAUCACAGAGCAACGUGCUACUGUCCUGAGGAACUGCCUCUCGGCAAUCCGUUCUCUUAUUGUGAACGCAGAGUAAUCCCACCAAGUCAGCCGGAAUGCGUGAAGGAUACAGAUUGUCCCAGCAAGUUGGCGUGCAUAGAAAACAGAUGUCAAGAUCCUUGUGGUGUCUUGAAACCUUGCGCCUCCUCUGCUAAAUGUAGUGUCCUCAAUAGUGUUCCCGUGCGUACGAUGAUCUGCGAGUGUCCGGAACUCUGGGUGCCUGAUACAAACGGAGAAUGUCGACAACUUAUCAUCCAAACUCCACCUGGCUGCUCUAGUGAUAGUGAAUGUCCAGACAAUGAGGCCUGUAUCAACCGCCAAUGCCGCAAUCCUUGCAAUUGUGGAACUCAUGCUACAUGCUUGGUUCAAAACCACAGAGCAAUUUGCUCAUGCGAAGAUGGAUAUCAUGGAAAUCCCAACGUUGCUUGCCGAACGGUUGGUUGCCGUACAGAUUCUGAGUGUGAUUCCAACAAGGCUUGCAUUAAUCAGAACUGCGUCAGUCCCUGCUUGGUAAGAGAUCCUUGCGGCACCAACGCUGAAUGCUAUGUCUAUGAAAAUAAGGCUCAAUGCCGCUGCUUGAGUGGAUUCAGAGGCAAUCCUUGGGAGCGCUGCCACGUUGUCGGCUGUCGCAGCAACAGCGAUUGUCCCACUGAUAAGAACUGUGAAAAUGCCCAGUGUGUGAAUCCAUGUGUCUAUGGAAAUAUCUGCUCCCCAAGAGCUGAAUGUCGCCCGCAGAAUCACAUGGCAGUAUGUCGCUGUCCACCUGGAUUUGUGGGCAAUCCUUACGUCGAUUGUCGCCCAGAGCCUGUGCCUGAGUGUGUCGUGGACACGGAUUGUUCCCCUAGACUUGCCUGUAUUGAUCAUCACUGCCAAGAUCCUUGUCUUGUGCUCGAACCAUGCCACAGACCAUCAACCUGUGAAGUUGUUCCGUCAUCUCCGGUUAGGACAAUGAUAUGCAUUUGUCCCGAAGGAUAUGUGAGCAGCGGAAGUGGCACGUGCAAGCCAACUGAACCUGUACUGAAGGUGGGAGGAUGCAUUGCGGAUUCAGAUUGUGCCAGCGAUAAGGCGUGCGUGAAUGGAAUUUGCAGGAAUCCUUGCAACUGUGGCCCCAAUGCAGAAUGUCGUAUCAAAGAUCACAAGCCUGUGUGUUCAUGUGAACAGGGAUACGAAGGAAAUCCUGAAAUUGAAUGUAUCCGAAUUGGAUGUAGAUCAAAUGAUGAAUGUUCUGGACAACACAGCUGUAUUAACAGACAAUGUGUACCAGUUUGUGCAGCAGAUGGAAGAUCUUGUGGGGAGAGAGCUCAGUGUUAUGGCAUCAAUCAUCGUGCCGUGUGUGAGUGUCCACCAGGAUACAGUGGAGAUCCUCGGCAGGCUUGUCUCAUUCUGGGAUGUCGCAGUGACUCAGAUUGUCCACUGGAUAAGGCCUGCAUCAACACAAAGUGCGAGAAUCCUUGUGAGAAGACUGCUGCUUGUGCCAUCAAUGAAAUCUGCCAGGUCUACAACCAUCGUCCUGAAUGUGCUUGUCCUCCUGGCUAUGUGUCUGACUACGAGAAAGGCUGUCGCAUAAUUGAGGAGAUUUGCAGAAACGACGGUGAUUGUCCUACUCAAACAGCAUGUAUUGGUAGCGAGUGUAUAAAUCCUUGCAAUGCCACCAGACCUUGUGGCGUCAAUGCCGAAUGCAAGGUGUUCGAUACCAUCCCCGUGAGGACAAUGGUGUGCGUUUGCCUGCCAGACUAUCAAGGCAAUGCUGCUGUUCAGUGCGACAAGAGAUCCCUGUGCAACAUCGAGAAGGGCUUUGUCAGAGACAUAGAUGGAAAGUGUGUAUGUCCUCCUGGAUCUGCCCUCAAUAUCUACAACGAAUGCAUGCAAUGCCGUCCCGAAGCAGGCUUCAAAAUUGAUGAGACUGGACAUUGUGUUUGUGCCCUGGAACGAGGAAUGGUUAUUGAUGAGAGAGGCAGAUGCAUCUGUCCAAUUGAACAUGGAUACCGACUAACCGAACGCGGUGAGUGCAUCAGGACCGAUCGUCCGGAGUGCGAGAGCAACGACGAGUGUCCUGAUCAUCGCUACUGCAAUCUCGAGACGAAAACUUGUGAGGAUCCGUGCGUGGACAAGAGAUGUGGUAUUAAUGCUCUAUGCAAUGCUACUAAUCAUCAAGCCAUUUGCCAGUGUAUCGCAGGAUACACUGGAGAACCUGAGAUUCAGUGCAAUCAUACGAACUUCCGAACUGACUUCCCUCAACCUGAAAUGAUCGUGAGCUGUCUCGCUGAUGGUGUUCAAGUGAAGAUCCACAUUGCAGAGCCUGGAUUCAAUGGCGUUCUCUAUGUGAAGGGUCACAGCAAGGAUGAAGAGUGCCGAAGAGUGGUGAAUCUGGAUUCAGACUCUGCCGAAAGGACUGAACUGUUCAAGGUUCACUUUGGCAGCUGUGGUCUCAUCCAUGUCAACGGAAUCGCCAGCUUCGUCCUUGUGAUACAGAAACAUCCAAAAUUGGUCACGUACAAAGCGCAGGCAUAUCACAUAAAAUGUGUGUAUCAGACUGGAGAACAGAACGUCACCAUUGGCUUCAAUGUUUCAAUGCUGACGACUGCCGGAACGAUCGCUAACACGGGACCGCCGCCCAUUUGCUCAAUGAAGAUUGUCAGCAACAAUGGCCAGGAAAUCACUUCCGCGGAAAUUGGUGAUAAUCUCAUGCUGCAAGUCGACGUGCAACCAGCGACAAUUUACGGUGGCUUCGCGCGUGGCUGUGUGGCCAAGACCAUGGAAGAGAACGUGGAGAACGAGUAUAUUGUGACAGAUGAUGAUGGAUGUGCCACUGAUCCGAGCAUCUUUGGCGAGUGGGAAUACAACUCGGAGACCAAUAGUCUCCUCGCCAGCUUCAAUGCCUUCAAGUUCCCCUCGAGUGACAACAUUCGCUUCCAGUGCAAUAUUCGUGUCUGCUUUGGACGGUGUCAGCCGGUGAAUUGCCGUGGCUACGAUGCCUUCGGCAAGCGUAGGAGACGUCGUCAGAUUGAAGACACAAGCGUGAACAGGACGAACACCGCUCUGGCCGGAAACUUCGGCCUGGAGGGUCAAUUGCGCGAAGAGAUUGUAAUUCAAUCGAAUGCAAUUCUCACAUUCGAGAGGAAGGAAGAGCGACUCGGCGACUCCAGUAACAUCUCUCCGGCCGCUCAGAGAGUGGAGGACAUCUGCGUGUCGAUGGUGGGCCUGAUAAUUGCUCUUGUGAUCACUGCCCUGCUGGCGCUGGUGGCCGUGGCUGUGGCUGUCUCAUGCUGGCUCAUGGCCUACCGACGUCAACCCAAGACAACGGGUCCGUUACCUCAUCCACCAGAGUUCCCCAAUCCACUCUUUGCCAAUCCGGAAACGGUACCAGAACCUGCCCCCGACUAUCUGUCGUAGAAAGGGUGCGAGAAGAUCACGAGGAUCUCUCGCUCCGGACAUUCCAAAUGUAUAGAGUGUGCUGUAUAGAUGAAUGAUAUGGAAUUUAGCAAUUUAAUGCAAGAUGAAAAAGUGAACAGCAAGUGUUCAACGAGAAAAGAACUUUAGAUAGUAAGAUAAAGACAGGAACACGGGAAUCUCUGUGGUCAAAAAGCGAGUCAUGAAGACGAUAAAAAUUACUAUAAAACUGCCAAAGGAAUAGAAACCGUCUGAGAGUGAAAUAUUUUGCCUCACGCGGAGUGACUCGUGUUCCUCAGCAACUCCUCCGUUAACCGAAAAUACCACGUAGUUUCGUUAGAUCCAAGUGGUGAAGGCUUCUUCGAACUCUUGAGAAACUGCCUACUUUCCAAAGGAAACAUAAAUCUGCAACGCUAAGCACUGUGAACUACCUCAUCUUCAAAGGUAGUUUGAACUUCACUUUUCAUCUAUCUAAAUCUUCGACGGUUUCUGGAGGAUUUGAACACUAUAAUUUAAGUAUAUUCUAUAUAAUAGAGAGAAAAAGAAACAUGAUAAAAUGCAAAAAAUCUGAGUGAAGGAGUGAAAAAUCGCAACUAAGUUACGAAUUAACCGACGGAAAUAUCACCGUAUGAGAGAUAAGGGUUAAAACUCGCUAAUAAUUCGCUAAAAACGUACUAUAACGUAAUAAUUUAGUCAUCAGUGAACUGUAUAAUAAAUUAAUUGAUGCAAAAGCCGUCUUCCAGCAGCGAUGCUCGAAGAGAGUGAAGAGAAUGUUAUGAGACAAAGAGAGAAAUAUUGUUAUACAUUUUGUAAAUGAUUGUCUGUGGUGAUUUUAUUCUGUGUGUAUUAUUUAACAAGAAAUAUUUUUAUUAUAUAUUUUAUGAAGAGAGAAAGAAAAAAAAUUGUAAAAUUGAGAGGAGAAUCCUUUGAUGGCACGAAAGGGGAUAAAAAGUGGCUCGUCUCGAGUUGACGGUGUAGAAACCCAGGAUUGAGACUAGAAUUCUGCUCGGUACUGUUGCAAUUCAACGAAACUGUGAGGAGUUUCUCGGCCCCGAUGAGAAACGUCCUCUGCUAAGUGCAGCGCACAAAAUGCUUCAUGCAGCGAACUUUGAUAGCAUUUAGCGACGUACUUUGCCAACGAAUAUUGAGAACUACGAAUAUUCUUCUAAAAAAUCAUCACUACUGAGAUUCUAUUCUCACGACGGAACGUGUGUAUAGUCAAUAAUUUUAAAUAUUAUAAUUUAUUGUAAUAUUACAAAUUUGUAUAUGUAUUUUUUUUUAUUAAUUUUGUUAAAAGUUUUUCAAGAGGUGGGCAAUGCACGUGAGAAACGCGAAAAGUUUCCAUCUUUCAUCUGACAGUGAAGUCUUUUUCGUCUCUGCUCAGUAGAAAACAAAGCUCGUAAUGAUUAGUCAAUUUGAACGAUCCCACACUUUUUACACCAUCUUUCACUCCUCUCAAAAAGUGUUACUUUUUAAUAAAAGAAAAAUACAAUUAUCUCUUUAUUGCGCUUAACACAACCGUCCGAGGAACUCUAGAAAAGAUGCAAUUAAUCGUUUUAUUUUAACAUUGAAUGAAAACAACGAAUUGUAGUGAAAAUAACAAAAGCAAUAAAUACUCGAAAUUAAUUGUUCACGGUUGGAGUUCUGUGUAUAAUAUUUAUGAACACAAUUUAUAUUUCUUACCAAAAUGUAUUAUUAAAUGCAGAACUCAAACGAGAUGAAAGAAAAUGCAAGCAACUACUGUCUGUAUUAUGCAACUGUAAUUUAAUAACGUGAAAUUUAUUUUGAAAUAAAAACUAAUCUAAUAAA